AUGCGCAGUUACGUACUCCUCACCUUGUUGUUUUUCGCACAGGCAUGGUUGACACAAGCAUGGGAGCCGACAUUUCACUUGGGCAGGGUGAAGUUUGGAAUGCAAACUUUUCAAGACCAAUUUUUCAUGAAGAACCCGGAUGAGGUAUCUGAUCAGGGCGAUAUGGCAAUCACAAAUUACUUCCCACAAAAACUCGAUCAUUUCAACCAUUUCUCCAGAGAGGAAUGGCAACAGCGCUACUUUUAUGAUUUUACAUUCGCCGAAUCAAAGAAAGUGAAGGACGUUGUCUUUUUGCUGAUAGGAGGUGAAGGUCCACUACGAAUAUCCAAACUUGAUCAUUCAACUCCACUUAUGAUGUGGGCUAAAAAAUACGGAGCUAUGGUGUUCGCACUUGAACAUCGUUUCUACGGUCAAAGUUAUCCUAAAAUAGAUCAAUCCGUGAGAAACCUUAAAUAUCUGAGCAGCCGUCAAGCACUUGAGGAUAUUGCGUAUUUCAUACAAGAAAUGAAUAGGGAGCAUAAUCUAACGAAUUCGAAAUGGAUCACAUUUGGAGGAUCAUAUCCAGGUGCGCUCUCCUUAUGGGCUCGUCAAAACUAUCCGGAUCUGAUCACAGGAGCAGUGGGCAGUUCGGCUCCAGUAGAGUUAGAAAUGGACUUUUGGGGAUACUUGGAAGUUGUCGAGGAUGCACUUCGUCAGCACAGUAGGAAUUGUGCGGAAAAUGUUCGCGAAGGCUUCACAGCUAUGAGUGAUUUGAUGAAAACCAGAGCUGGAAGAGACGAACUCACGGCAGUUUUUAGACUUAAGGUGCCACUAGCAAACAUUUCUCUCACAUAUAAUAAUAUACAACAUUUCUUCGAGGUCAUCUUUGAGAAUUUCCAAUACGCUGUACAGUAUAAUAAGAUCAACAGGGCCCCCUUCAAUCGUGGUUAUGGAAUCAACGAAGUCUGCGCUAUCAUGAACAAUAGAAGUAACACACCAUUAAGAGCGCUCCAGGCAGUGAACGUUUAUAUGGCUGAAAGAAAAGGAGGUUUCGUGGAAACAGACAAUAGUUACGACAACAUGAUUGACUAUCUACGAAGAGAAGAGUUUUCCCAUGAUGAUUUUGACUCUGGCGCCCGCAGUUGGACAUGGCAGACAUGCACAGAAUUUGGUUAUUUCCAAUCUACCGAUGGUGGACCUAAUGGAAUAUUCGGAGACGUUACUCCUUUAAGUGUAUUUGUGAAUAUGUGCACGGAUGUGUUUGGUCCAAUGUAUAAUGCGGAUUAUAUUGCUGCUGCUGUUCGUAGAACACAAGCAAAUUACGGUGGAGCUGAAGGCUACACGGGAACGAAUGUGGUUAUCCCCAAUGGAUCCAUUGAUCCUUGGCAUCGCCUUGGAAAAUACACUUCUAACGACAAAUCGGUUGUACCGAUCCUUAUAAACGGAACUGCUCAUUGCGCUGAAUUGGCUAAUCCUAGCGACGAUGACAUACCUGAACUGAAGAGGGCACGUGAAAUUAUCGACGAAAAUAUUGGAAAAUGGCUUAGAAAACCAAAUAAUCGAAAAGUCAUAAGACCCCAAAAAUCGUCGCUUAUACCAAAAGAACGUGCUACACUUCCCGAUACAAUCCCUUCGGAACCUGUCCUGCUUUCAGAAAUGGAGUUUCCAGACUGGACACGUUACAAAAGAAUGUUUCUGGGUAGACCACCACAUACUAUCAUUCGUUCCAAACCAAAAAUUAUUAACACUGCGGUCCGACACUUUUUUAUCGCUCAACCUCUUGACCAUUUUAAUGAUCAAGACAACCGGACGUUCCAUCAGAAGUACUACGCAAACACUGACUGGGCAAUACCUGGUGGACCGAUAUUCCUACUUAUAGGAGGAGAAGGACCACUUGAAGGUGCAUGGGCUGACGAUUUUCCAUUAUUUCACAUUGAAUUAGCUAAAAGACACGGUGCUACCGUAUUCGCUCUUGAACACAGAUAUUAUGGUGAUAGUAUUACUGGAGUAACGGCUAUUCUUCCAAAUAUGGACCUCACGUAUUUGUCCUCAUUACAAAUGUUAUAUGAUAUUGCUAACUUUAUUCGAAAAACUAACGAAAGAUUGAACAACACCGCACCGUGGAUUACCUUUGGUGGAUCAUAUCCAGGGUUGGUUCGGGGAGCUGUAGGAUCAUCUGCACCGGUUGAAGCAAAAUUAGAUUUCUACGAAUAUUUGCAAGUAGUGGAAAGAUCGAUUAGGAAUUAUCAAGCACAAUGCGCGGCUGCUAUUGGCCAGGGUUUCGACCAAAUGCACAGAUUAGUUCUCACAAGAUCUGGAAGAAAAAGGCUUUCUGAUGCGUUCACACUUGUACCACCAUGGAACGAAACUACCGUUGUUACCGACGUAGACAUUGAAUAUUUCUUUAAUAGUAUUCAAGGAGUGUUUAUGGGAAUGGUUCAAGAGGAUCAUAGAGACGAAAUGUGCCAAAUCAUGACAAGACAUAGUAAUGAUCCGGUGAGAAAUAUAGCGUACUUCAACGAAAGAGCUUCAGAGUAUUUUCAGCAAGCACCGUUCAGAGGAACCCCUAACAAUUACACGGAAUUUAUUGAAUUCAUCCGAUCAGCGCAGAAUUUUGGACCACAAGCUGAUGCGAUGAGACUAUGGUUUUGGCAAACGUGUACAGAAUUUGGAUACUAUCAAACAACAGACACAGGCUACAGUAUUUUUGGUAACCCAGUGCCAUUAAAUUUCUACACUCGCUUGUGCACCGACACGUACGGCGAUCAGUACACGGCUGCCGCAAUCCAGAAGAAUGUGGUCCGAACUAACCGAAUAUAUGGUGGAGCUGACAAUUAUGAGGGCACAAAUGUUGUAAUCACUAACGGAGACGUUGAUCCAUGGCAUGCGCUUGGAAAAUACACCACGCACGAUCGAUCUGUUGUACCUAUUCUUAUCAGAGAUGCAUCUCAUUGCGCGGAUAUGUUCAUUUCUCCAAAUCCUAACGUUGAGGAAGCACAAAGAGUGAUUGAGGAAAACGUGGAGAGAUGGAUAUUAGAGGAACCGCAGUCGACCACCGUUCCUAGAACCUCUGCACUUCCGAGAACCUCAGCUAGAGUAACCACACCUUCUACAACUCCUAAACGUCCCACAACUUCUACAACUCCUAAACCUCCUAAACCUCCCACAACUCCUGCACCUCCUCCACCUCCUCAACGUCUCACAACAUCUACACCUCCUAAACCUCCCACAACUCCUGCACCUCCUCCACCUCCUCAACGUCUCACAACAUCUACACCUCCUAAACCUCCCACAACUCCUGCACCUCCUCCACCUCCUCAACGUCUCACAACAUCUACACCUCCUAAACCUCCCACAACUUCUACACCUCCUCCACCUCCUCCACAAGAGCCUACUUCGACCGCCACAAUAACCACAACAACUACGACAAGCACGGGUAGUCAAGGAUAUUUCCCGUCCGGUAACCACCUGUUGGUAGUGACCCGCAGAAGCUACACGAUCAGGAUGAUUCUCCUCAGCAUUGUUUUUAUUAUAUUUGCCUAUAUUUUCCUGACAACAUGGAUGAGAAGAAGAUCACUUCCUCCAGGUCCCAUCCCGCUCCCUUUCAUCGGAAAUAUGCAUCAGUUAGCAUUCAAAAUGUUCAUUGAAAAGAAGGAUUUUGCUGAUUCUAUCCGAGAUUUCAUAAAGGAAUAUGGAAGUGUGCACACAUUUUGGUUUGGGCCGCUUCCUACAGUAAAUAUUUGUGAUUAUCUGAAUGCAGUUGAUGCUAUGGUUAAAAAAGGAUCGUUGUUUAGCAAUAGAAAACUACCGUACUUUUUCGAACUAUCACGAAAAGGUCGUGGAAUUCUGGCGUCAAAUAAUUCACAUUGGUUGGAACAACGACGUUUCGCUUUGCAUACUCUUCGAAAUUUCGGACUCGGGAAGAAUCUCAUGGAACAAAGAAUUAUGUUCGAGUUUGAGAUAACUUGUGAUGAGCUUGAUAAACGAAUGAUCGACAUCGAUCAUCUAUCGAUUAACCCUAAUCAUUCAUUCGAUUUACUUAUUGGUAACAUCAUUAAUCGAAUUAUAUUCACAAAUCGAUUUGAGAAGUCUGAUGAAGAACAAUUUUUCGCAUUAAAAAAGAAAAUGGAUGAUAUUUUCGAUGAUUUUGAGCUCUAUGAUCUUCUAAUUAAUGAAUGGACCAUAAAUUUACCUUUUUUUCGUCGAAGAGUUAAUACGGUAUUGAAGCCACAGGAUGAAAUUGUGGAAUUUCUUCGAAAUCAAGUGGAAAAAAGAAAAACGGAAAUUGCGGAUGGAAUUCACGUUAUUGAAGGCGAAGGAAACGAUUUCGUUGAUGCUUUUCUUAUUCAAAUAGAAAAGUAUAAACAGUCGAAUGAUUCCACAAGUUUCGAUGAGACAACUUUGGCAAUGACAUUGCUUGAUAUAUGGGUGGCAGGUCAAGAAACUACAACGUCUACACUUGUGUGGGCGUUUGCCUAUCUUCUUCUUCAUCCUAAGGUGAAAUCCAAGGUUGUGGAUGAGCUCACAUCUGUCACUGAACCCGGUCGCCCUCUAUCUCUAACUGACAGGGCAAAAACACCUUAUUACAAUGCCACACUUCUCGAAAUCCUGCGAUGCGCCUCAAUUUUCCCCAUGAAUCUAUGGAGGAACACGGAAGAGGAUACAUCUAUAGGUGGAUACAUGGUACCUAAAGGGACGGCUGUUACGGCACAAAUGUCCCUAAUCAUGUCCGACGAUGCUUAUUUCAAAAAUAGUGCACAGUUCGAUCCAGAUCGUUUUCUGAACGGGGACAAACUCGACCAACACGUUAUUCCAUUCGGAAUUGGAAAACGAGCAUGUCUUGGAGAAGCGCUGGCGAGAACUGAACUUUAUCUCAUCAUAGGGAAUUUUCUACUGCGCUACGCUAUCUCUGCUGAUCCAAAUUAUAUGCCGAGCAUGGUACCGGUGUCUACGAUGGGAGUGGUGCGAAAGGCGACACCAUACAAUAUUGUUUUCGAGCGAAGCUGA